AUGGAUCCUUCCUCUCUGGGAAAACAGCUGCUGGGUCUGAGCCAGCUGUGGAACCGUAUUAACAAUAACCAUGAUAUUUGCGUUCCAGUAUGCGGGGACAUCCAUGGGCAGUUCUUCGACCUCAUGAAGCUGUUUGAGGUGGGGGGCUCACCAGCCACCACGCGCUACCUCUUCCUGGGAGACUACGUGGACCGCGGCUACUUCAGCAUCGAGUGUGUGUUAUACCUUUGGUCGCUGAAAAUCCUUUAUCCAAAGACGUUAUUUCUACUGAGAGGCAACCAUGAAUGUAGACAUUUGACAGAAUACUUCACCUUCAAACAAGAAUGUAAGAUUAAGUACUCGGAGCAGGUGUACGACGCCUGCAUGGAUGCGUUCGACUGCCUGCCCCUGGCCGCGCUCAUGAACCAGCAGUUCCUGUGCGUGCACGGAGGCCUCUCACCUGAGAUACACACCCUAGACGACAUCAAGAAGCUGGACAGGUUUAAGGAGCCCCCUGCCUUCGGCCCCAUGUGCGACCUGCUGUGGUCGGACCCGUUGGAGGACUACGGCAACGAGAAGACCCAAGACUUCUUCACACACAACUCAGUCCGCGGCUGCUCCUACUUCUACAGCUACCCGGCUGUCUGUGAGUUUCUGCAGAGCAACAACUUGUUAUCAGUGAUCCGCGCGCAUGAGGCCCAGGAUGCUGGUUACCGGAUGUACCGCAAGAGCCAGACGACUGGCUUCCCUUCACCAUCACUCUUCUCCGCCUCCCAACUACCUGCCGAUGUUUACAACAACCUAACCGCUGUUCUCAAGUACGAGAACAACGUAAUGAACAUCAGACAGUUCAACUGCUCCCCGCAUCCCUAUUGGCUGCCCAACUUCAUGGACGUCUUUACUUGGUCCCUCCCCUUUGUUGGAGAGAAAGUCACAGAGAUGCUGGUCAACGUGUUGAGUAUCUGCUCCGACGACGAGCUCAUGAACGACGAGGAGGAGAUCUUCGACGCAAACGCCGCCGCAGCCCGCAAGGAGGUGAUCAAGAAUAAGAUCCGAGCCAUCGGGAAGAUGGCCAAGAUGUUCUCUGUGCUCAGGGAGGAGAGUGAGAACGUGCUGACCCUGAAGGGCCUGACGCCCACUGGCAUGCUGCCCAGCGGUGUCCUCGCUGGGGGGGCAGAGACCCUGCAGAGCGCCACUAUCGAGGCCAUAGAAGCGAUUGAGCCAGAGCCAGAAGACUCAGAAGGGCGUGGCUUCUCGCUGAAGAUCAACUGCUUCGCGGAUGCCAAGGGUCUGGACCGUAUCAACGAGCGCAUGCCCCCCCGCCGGGAAGGCGGCGGCCGCGUCGUCGUCGUCGCGGGCAGCAAGACCAUCGCGCCGGAGGCCAACGGCACCGACGACGGCAGCGGGCUGGAGUGA